AUGACCCCAAGAUACGACCCGAACUUUCCAGCUGAUCUCAACAUUAAGCCACUUGAGGCUUCGGCCUCCGAUGCGGACGCUCGCUUCAACUCAACCGCUCAGGAAGGUGCUAUAAGAACGUACGGGAUCGCCGGUCGUAUAUGGGAGGCCUCUCAUGCCAUGCUCGCGUACCUCGACCCAUCCUCCUCUUCCACAUGCGAAUUCGACCCGGUACCAGUCACGAGACAGUCGCCGCGAGCUGAGCGACACCCUAUCACCGCGAUUGAGCUGGGAUCUGGCACUGGGUUCGUCGCCUCGCGCGUUGCAGAAUGGUUGCGUCCGGAUCUGGAUCUUCUGCUCGCGACCGAUCUGCCGGAGGUUUGCGCCCUGCUCGAGGCAAACCUUCGUUCGUCUCGCGCAGCCCGAGUGCGCCCGCUCUCUUGGGGCUCCCGGGAGCACGCGAGCGCUAUAUUCGACGAGCUCGGUCUCCUAUCUUCCGAUCAGCCAGCACGAUACGCUACGCACAUCCUCUGCAGUGAUCUCGUCUAUUUCCCAGAGCUGCUCGCGCCUCUCUUACGAUCUCUGCUACACCUCACGUCACCGCCGCUCGUCGGUCAUCAUCGUGCUAAGCCUCCUACCGUCAUAAUCUCCUACAAGAUUCGCAGUCUCGCCAAGGAGACGCCGUUCUGGACCGCUUUCGGUCUAUGGUUUGUGUUUGCCCCUGUGCUCGUUCGCAGGAAACGGUGUAUCGGCGCCGAUCCGCCAUCCGACCUCCCCGCCGAAUGGGCCAAAUUUUCUCCAGGAGAUGGCAAUGACGAGACAUUCGUCCUUGUUGCGACACGAAGACCAGAGUCGCUGUCGUGGACCGUACCGGACGAAGACGCCGCACUUAUGCGGGGUGUAGGCGCACAAGGAUCAGGGUCGGCCAAGUCCGACGAGCAAUUUGAGCAGCUUUUGCUCAUGGGCCUCGACCUAUAGCAGAAUGGAGACUACCCAGGCGAAUAUCAGAUGUUGUCUACGCUUAAUGCAGAAGAGAGCCAAUCCGAUGAGCAUGUACAAAGAAGCAAUCCAAACUAAGAGGCGUCCAUGAAUAUAAUGAACCG